AUGCCGAAGAAGAAAGACGCACACGCGUGUGUUGUCACAGUUCACUGUAGCAUUACAUUUUAUUUAGCUGAGCGUUUGAGACGGCAGUAAGCUCGUGUAUUAACCCUGACAGACAUGUCUUCAUUUAGAAAAGCCCUGAAAUCCAAACAGCGGGAUCAUAAAGAGCGAUCUCAGCCUGGAUCCAGGAAACAUUUAGGACUCCUAGAGAAGAAGAAGGACUACAAACUCCGUGCAGAUGACUACCAUCGAAAACAGAAAACCCUUAAUGCCUUGCGCAAGAAGGCGCUGGACAAGAACCCAGAUGAAUUCUACUACAAAAUGAUAAACACUCAAUUAAAGGAUGGAGAGCAUGUGAUUAAACAGAAAGAGGAACAGCUGACUGAGGAACAGAAGAAAAUCAUGAGAACUCAAGACAUUGGAUAUGUGGAAAUGAAGAGGGUGGCCGAGUCUAAGAAAAUUGAAAGAUUAAAGUCUGAGCUGCAUCUUCUAGACGUCGAGGGAAAACAGAAAAACAAACACCUCUUUUUUGUGGACUCCAAAAAAGAAGUGAAGGAUUUUAAUCUGGCCACACACCUCAACACAGUGCCUGAGCUUCUAAACAGAGCCUAUAACAGACCUACACUGGACACACUGGUGAACAAGAGCAUUGUGGGUGCUGUGACUUCAAACAAUAUUAAGAAACUGGCCAGACAGCGAAAGGCUCGAUAUGAUGAACUGUCCCAACGUAUUGACCGAGAGAGAAAAAUGUUCAUCAUCAGUCAGAAGAUCCAGACUCUCAAAGACCUUCAGGACAAGAACAAGAAAGUAAAAGUGAGGAAUGAGACGCCCACUGCUCCUGCCAUCUACAAAUUUGAGACCAAAAGGAAAAGAUAACACAAUUUCCCCCACACCACUGGAAACAUACUACUUCCAGGAGAGACAUUCACAUGCUUAAAACAAUACACAACUGAGCUUGAGCACGAGCCAAAGCCUGAGUUUACAUGUAUGAUUUUAAUUUACUGCAUGUAGGUAGGCUUACAGAUCGAUUGGGAAGUGACAUGGCGGCUAACUGAAGAUUUAUUUUUGGUUACACUGCCCACUCUCAAUACAUGUAAGCAGGAUUUCGGUUGCUACCUUCAUUUUUGACAACGCUGCCGUUUUGUAAUGUUUGUGUGUGUAUAAAAUAUGCUAUUAGAGCUUGUUGUGGAUUGUACUGAAAUAAAACCUUGUUAUA